AUGACUCAAGAUAUUCUUGCCCGUCUCGAGAAGUGUGUCUCUCGAUUAGAGAAGAUUAACUUUUCAUCGAAAGGUGGCCAAACGAGUGGUGGCAGUGUUGGAUCUUCAACAGCUCCACAAGUCGUUGCCUAUGAUGAGUAUUAUAAAUCUCAGGUGGUUCCAUUAUUGGAAACUUGUGAAAAGAUCGGAGGUGAUCUUGCAAAAGCUAAAUCCUUUAUUGAAGCUGGCUUCCAUGGUUUGAGUCGUGUCAUUCAACUCUCCUCCACUCACAGUAAACCUGCCAGUGAUGCCGUUUUGGGAGAAAUUUUAGAAAAGAGUGGAAUUGGUUCAGCACUUUCUCAAUCUGCAGAUUUUCGUUUUAAAAACUUUAAGAGUUCACUUGCCAAUCAUUUAUAUGUGGUUGAGGAAGGUUUGAAAGUGGUCUUGUGGCCCACUUCUACAACUGCAGUGAGUUAUGUGAAGGAAAUGGUGAAUGCUGUUCAAUUUUACACAAACAAAAUUCUAACUUCUACAAAAGGAAACAAUGAUGCCGAGUUGCACAAGGCAUUUGUGACUCAAUGGAAGAAUGCUAUUGAGGAACUGGCUGUCUAUGUGAAAGAGUAUCACAUGAGUGGAUUGAAUUGGAGUAAGAGUGGAGAAAAGGCUUCAGCCAAUGCCUUGCCAUAA